AUGAGCCAUUCGGGCAAGUAUCGCUCCUCUUCUCCCGGGGGCAGACGCAUCGUGGACCCCAUGCGCGCGUCCACGGGGACGGUAACCCUUGGUUCCUCCGGCGAUAUCUACAAUUCCCCCACAAGCUAUUAUGGAUAUGAUGGAUAUCUCUCUACCCAAGUUGCAGAGAGGGUCUCGGACUACAGGAGCGGCUACGAGCCUCGCCGCAUGCCCGACCGCAAGCUCGAAGCGCAGCCCAUCUCCUCAGUGACCUACAGAGAUGCCAGCCAGUCCACGAAGCUGAGGACGGAAUACGCCAUCCGCCCACGGCCGAGAUCUUCCACCGUCGACUCCAAUCGGUACUCUCUAAGUCUAGUCAUACCUACGUCCAAGAGUCGCCAACCGCCCGUCAUCACUUCUGCCUACGAAAGAUCUACGAGUCCUCUCCGGCCGCGAUCUGCAUAUGGGCGGGAGGACGCCGAGCGCUAUAUCACACCAGCGUCCUCAAUCGCGGGUCGGAACCAUCGACGCAUAUACAGUUCCGAAUACAGGAGUGACGCUGCUCGGUCAGAUAGAGCGCGCCGGGACCGGAGUGUCUACCGAGUCUAUCGACCAAGCGGCGUGUCAGCGUAUUCCGACUCCAGGAAACGGGAUGACUCGGAUUAUUAUGACGCCUACUCGUAUACCAGCCCAAGAGACCUGUUCGAGAAAGACUCGGCCGUGCGUAGCUCGCAGCGGGGCACUUAUCGGACAGGGCGCCCCUUGAGCAUGACGGGUGCGGAGGCAUAUCUCGGGCAAAGUUCCCAUAGGAAGGAUUCCCGGUCCCAAGGUCCACCGCCCUCCCAAAGGGGUUUCGAUAGAAUCGUCGAGGACAGGUUGCGCCGUCGGAGCCGUAGCCGCGCUGACAGUGACGCCAGUCGUGAUCCGUCCGGCUCUCGUCGAUUGUCAUGGCAACGUACCCCGGUAUCUCUUCACCAGGAUCGAGACGAUGCGUAUCUGUCCUACCCUGACGACCUUAAGGAAUCCCGCCGCCAUCGUCGUCGCCAUUAUGAUGAGGGAUCCCUCAGUCGACGCCAUCGAGACCAUCGUGACUCCCGCAGGCACACCACGGAUGACCUACUUGAGCCCGUUCUGGGAGGACUGGCUACUCUGGGCUUGGCCAGCGGAUACUCCGAAGAUGCUGAUCCUGACCGCCCGUCACGGCGCGAACGAAACAGGUCUCGGGGGCCGGAUCGCGGCCGUGAGCGCGAAAGUGAAAGCGAUUCUGAGUCUCGAGAUUAUAGAGAUGGAGGCGCCCAGAGCAAGGGCAAAGGACUGACUGCGGACGAGGUCGAAUACCGCCGCCGGCGCCGGAGAGAGCGAUCAAGACUGCGUGAUCACAGCGACUCGUAUGAGUCUUCCAGCUCAGAGGAGGAGCUGCGGAAGAAGCGGCGUGAGAAGGCGUCUCGAAAACAGUAUGAUUCCGAGAGCUCCGACAGCGAUCCCGACCAGCGGUCCCGUGAGGAUGCUGACAAGCCAAAGCGUCAGCGCAAAGAUGAUAUUCCUGCCGACGCGGGCAAGCGAUCUCCUGAUGAAGAUGCUAAGGAUCGCGCUGCUCGGAAGCCGGCGGCGGUCGAACCAACUCAACCAGCCCCUACCAAGGAGCCAGAAGCUCCGCCUAAAGGGAUUCUGAAGCCACCUCGCGAUAAGUUUCCCGAAGACGAGAAUCCCAUCAGAGAGGGAGUGGCGCCCCCCAAGGACGCCCAGAAGAAAGGAAUUCCUCCUGGAGCACGAUGGACGAAAAUCGAUCGCCGACUGGUCAACCCGGCGGCUCUUGAAGCAGGGCACGAGCGGUUCGAAGAACGGCCGGAGUAUGUCAUCGUUUUGCGGGUGUUGACCAAGGAAGAAAUCCAAGCCUACGCUGUCAAAACGCAGGAAAUCAGAGAUGCCCGCUAUCGAGCCAUGCGAGAAGAGCGCCGCAGGCGUCGCGAAGAGCGACGUCGCAACGGUGAAAACGAUUCUUCGUCCAGCGACGAUGAGGAUGACGAUGAUGAUACACCUUUGGCGAUCGAAGCACCUCCGGAGAAGUCGAAGUAG